AUGCUUCCAGGCUGGGUCCGCAUUAUUGAAACCCAUCACGAGCAUCACGAGCAGUCCGCAUUAUUCAAACCCAUAACGAAUGGGAGAGCUGUAACGCAUUUUCAUGAUGAACAGAGAGAACCUUCGCUCUCGCAAAAGCUGCCAAGGAACUUUCUCUCUCUAGACGUCAAUGGCAGAUCCAACCUCCGCUGCUUAACCUCCGGACACCUCAUAUUCUGUUCUGUAUCCGACGCGGUUCAACCACCGGUUGUUGUUCAUAACUCUGAGGCUCUGGAGGUUUUAAGCAUAUUGAGGAGACAGAUACUGAAUGAUGAUUGUUCACAGUUUUUCAAGUUGUUGGAGAUUGAUGUUGGGGCAAUAGCCCGGGGCAAACUGGUGUUUUCUGAGACAUUUAAUUUUGGGAACAUGAGAAGCUUUUGGCACAAUAAGUUAUUAUUGGUAUUUGGCCCUAGACCGCCUCUCAACUGGGUGCUUGUAUGUCUUGUUAGUGUUUUAGUUCUUAUCACGUUGUUGGGAUCUUCUUCUUCUAGUGCCUUUGAUUCUAUUACUGAUUCCACGAGACCCAACCUUUAUUCUAACUAUAGAAAGUUGAAAGACCAAACUGUAAAUGAUUAUUUGGAGUUGAAAAAACUAGGGGCCAAUCCUUCGAAGGAUUUUGAUCUAUGUGCUAAAGAGAGAGAGAAUUAUGUUCCUUGCUACAAUGUUUCUGCCAAUCUUCUAGCUGGUUUUAAAGAUGGGGAGGAGUAUGAUCGUCAUUGCGAAUUAUCACAAGAUCGACAGUAUUGUUUGGUUCGUCCCCCGAAAGAGUAUAAGAUUCCUUUGACUUGGCCAAGUGGCAGGGAUGUCAUUUGGAGUGGAAAUGUGAAAUUGAGCAAAGAUCAAUUCCUUUCAUCUGGAAGCAUGACGAAAAGGCUCAUGUUGCUGGAAGAGAAUCAAAUUUCAUUUCACUCAGACGAUGAUGAGAUGAUUGUUGAUGGUGUCAGAGAUUAUUCUCAUCAGAUCGCUGAGAUGAUAGGAUUGGGAAGUGAUGCCGAAUUUCGCGAAGCUGGUGUGCGCAGUGUUUUAGAUAUUGGCUGUGGGUUUGGUAGCUUCGGCGCUCAUUUGCUUUCACUUAAGCUGAUGACUCUUUGCGUGGCAUCAUAUGAAACAACUGGUAGCCAAGUACAGCUUGCUCUUGAGAGAGGUCUCCCAGCAAUCAUUGGUAGCUUCAUCUCAAAGCAACUACCCUUUCCUUCCUUAUCAUAUGACAUGGUUCACUGCACUCAGUGCGGUAUUGUCUGGGAUGACAAAGAUGGGAUGUUUCUUAUUGAAGUUGACAGAGUACUCAAACCCGGAGGGUACUUUGUUGUAACCUCACCUAAACGUAGGGAGCAUGGAAGCACUUCAACUCCUAUGGGAGAAUACCCCCAAAAACUUUGUUGGAACCUUGUGGGACAGCAAGAGGAGACUUUAAUCUGGCAGAAAACCAGAGAUGCCCAGUGUAUUUCUAGUAAGCACGGCACUUUCCCCCUUUGUAAUGGUGAAGAUUUCCAAUCGUACUACAAACCGCUCGCUCAGUGCAUAAGUGGGAUUACCAGCAGCCGUUGGAUCCCAAUUCAGAAUAGAUCUUCUGGUUCUUUGAACUCUGCUGAGCUUGCAGUCCAUGGAAUCAACUCUGAAGAUUUCGCUGAAGACCUGGAGUUCUGGAGAUCUUCUCUGCGAAAUUAUUGGUCGUUGCUUUCUCCUUUGAUCUUCUCCGACCAUCCAAAGAGGCCUGGUGAUGAAGAUCCAAUGCCUCCAUACAAUAUGGUUCGAAAUGUGAUGGACAUGAAUGCACAUUAUGGAGGUUUAAAUGCUGCCCUACUGGAAGCUAGAAAGUCGGCAUGGGUGAUGAAUGUUGUGCCCGUAGGUCAACAUAAUACCCUUCCGGUCAUUCUUGAUCAAGGCUUUGCAGGCGUCUUGCAUAACUGGUGUGAACCUUUCCCUACAUACCCUCGGACAUACGACAUGCUUCACGCAAAGGGACUUCUAACACACAUUGCUUCAGAAAAAUGCAAUAUCAUUGAUUUGAUUUUUGAGAUGGACCGUAUUCUUCGUCCGGAGGGAUGGGUUAUUAUAUCUGAUAAGGUUGGUCCCAUAGAAAUUGCACGUACCCUCGUUACCCAGCUCAGAUGGGAAGCCCGGAUGAUCGAUCUUCAGAAUGGCAGUGACCAGCGUUUGCUCGUGUGCCAAAAACCAUUCGUGAGAAAAUGAGUUUCCACUCUUGAGAUACAUUUCCACUCCUCUAUUUUUUUUUUUUUUUUUUUUUCUCUGGUAAACUUUUGCACGUCAUUUGACUAUUGAAAAGACCAAACCAUCGUAUACUGUGUACAAAUUGACACACUGAGCAAUCACAUGAGAGCAUAUUGUGGUAUAGCUGCAUGAACGAGGAUGCAUCAAUUUGGAUUUUUCUGUUUUAUGGGGAAAAGGAAUAUAUUUAUGUACUCGAAAAGAUGGGAUCAGAAGAUUUUUGCGCUGUAGAUAAAAGAGUAAUGUUUGGUGCAGUAGUAACGGUUCCAAGGAAAAGAAGAUUUUUCCCUCUUCUUUUUUGUAGCCAUUCAUUAUUCCA